CUAAGGAAACGACACAGUUUGAUGUGUGUAUAUGUACAUUUUUAGUGUCAGCCGAGAGUUGAAUUUACAACAAAAUUAAAAUGGCCAAAGGUAAAAAAGGUAAAAAAGGAAAAAAACAAGUCGUAGUAGAUCCGAAUGCGUUAACAGAAGUCGAUAAAACAUUUUACGAAUUAACCAUAACAGAUUUAAACAGGAAAUUGGCCAGAUUAAGAUCGCUGAAUCAAGAAAUUGAACAAAAAAAUGAAGAACUUAUGCAAGAUAAGGAUAAAUUGGACGAAGAUAAGACCGACAUCAUAAUGUACCUUAAGAGAAUAUUACAAGAAAAAACCGAUGAAAUAGCCGAAUUGGAAGAUAGAAUAAAAGCUAUGAAAAAGGAGCAACACGAUACGACGCAAACGUACGAAGAAAAAAUUAUCGAAAUGACCAAUGAAUAUAACGCGAUGCACGAUCAACUCACGUCCGAAAAUAAGCUACUCGAAGGUAAAUUGAAUUCUUUGGAAGAAUUCCGUUCGCAGCGCGAUGAAUUGAUGAAGAAAUUCGAAAACCAAGAAAAUCUCAUGGAAAUGCAAGAGAAACGCCACAAAAGAGAAAUGUACGAGAUCGAAAGAAAAUUCAUAAUAGGUAAAGAUCGAUUAAAAAAAGAUAUGGAAGCGAAAUUGAGGCAGCUCUCUACGGAAUUCCACGACGCGACAGAAUUAAGAAUAGCGGCUACUACUCAUCGAGUAAUCAGAGAAAAUAUAGCGGUAAAUAACGAAUUGGACGUUUUGUUGAAUAACCAACAGAGACUCCAUAACGAAAACGUGAAAUUGAAAAAUCGAGACGGUAGUUUGAGACAGCAGAUCGAAUUACUCGAAGAAGAAAAGAAAAUGGCACUAUCGAAGGUAAGGGUGCAAGUCAAAUUGAUAGAUCGCUUAACGGACGAUUAUCAAUUUAUAACGAAACAAUUAAACGUUGCCAGAAAUUUCGAAUCCCAAUACGCGGAAAGUAAAAAACAAUUAAAAACGCUAGAAGAAAAAUUGACGAAAUCGGAACAUGCGAAAAGAAUAUUAGAACAAAAUCUCCAUCACGUCAGAUGCGAUCGAACAUCGAUUCAAACCGAUUACCUUUACAUGCAAGAAGAAAACGAAAGAUUGAACGAAAUAUUAUUGGAAGCGGUUAGUUGUAUCAAAGAAGCUCUAACUGUUAGAACCGAUAGCGAGAUAUCGUUGAGAGUUUCCAAAAAAGACAAUCUAUUAAAUUCUCUAUUAUCUUUAUUAAAUAAAGGUAAAGAACAAAAAGUACGGUGUCCUUCGUUAGAAACGGUUUCGUUAUUCGAGGCCACGUACGCCAGAGGUGAUCUCGGUUUCGUACCGAAACCGGUAGAACUGCGAUCGAAAGUACCGGUUAAAAAGAAUAUGGAAACCCAAACCGGUACCAGUUUCGACGAAUAUAUUUCCACCGGAUACAUUUCCAAACCGAAAUUUAUGUAUUCGGAAGUCGAGGACGAGGAAAGCUUGAUCGUAGACGCCGAAGAAGAAUCGCAAGGGGAAGCGGAGCAACGAGAAAGCGUUUUGUUUUUCGACGAACAAGAAAUUACCGGAGAAGAAUCUUCGGAAGAUGACCAAUUGAAUAUUUACGAUUUGGUAGCGGAGGAACAAGCCGCUGAAGAAGUUAACGUUACGCCGUCUAAUCAGGAUGCUCCUCCGGAACGACUAGAACCAGACGAGAAUAUACAAGAGGAAGAAGUGAAAGAAAACGAAUAGAUUAUUAUUAUUAAUGUGCGCGGUUUCUUUAUUACAUUAUAUCACCAGAAAGCUA